AUGGCUACUCCUCAUCAAAAUUAUAGAUAUAACUCCAGAAACUCUAGUAAAAACACCAAUUCCAGUGGAAAUUCGACAGAUGUCGACCGUUUCAUUCCUAAAUCAGUUUCAAGGAAUGCUUAUAAGUCUAUUCCUAUGUUGAACGGGUUUGAUAUAAGCUACUCAGAGCUUCGUGAGAAAUCCCCUUCACCUGAGCGGCUAUCCUCCCCUGAAUUCUUCAACGAACUGCGAAACACAGGCCACUAUGAAUCAAUCAGUGCAACAAAUGAAUAUUCCAUAUCAAGUAUAUCUAGCUCUUCUGAAAGUCAGACUACCAGGAGUGAAAGUGCAAGAGCUUCAAGAAAAGAUUAUUUGAAGUUAACUAAAGAACAAAAGAACCAUAGAAAAAAUAUCGCACAUUCUCUUGGUUUUCAAUUGCCUGACCGUGUUUUUACUUUUGAGUCAACAACUACUGAAACUCAAGAAAAGAAUCAAAUUAUUAAAAAUAGCUUAGCACCAGGAAGUUGUUCUGGAUUACAGACAACUUUUGACUUUAGUACACUUUCACCUGAUGUCGCGCGUUACUAUAUUGCUAAUUCAAACGCAAGAUCGGCUUCGCCGCAAAGAAACGUGCAAAGACCUGUUAAACGAGUCAAGUCGCAUAUUCCUUACCGUGUGUUGGAUGCACCUUGCCUGAGAAACGACUUUUAUUCAAACUUAAUAUCAUGGUCAAGAACAACAAACAACGUUCUAGUUGGGUUGGGCUGCUCAGUAUAUAUAUGGUCAGAGAAAGAAGGAGCAGUAUCUAUAUUGGAUCAUCAAUAUUUGAGUGAAAAGAGAGAUUUGGUGACAUGUGUUUCAUUUUGUCCCUAUAAUACUUAUUUUAUUGUUGGUACAAAGUUUGGUCGUAUUCUUCUUUAUGACCAAAAGGAGUUUUUUCAUUCUACCAAAACAGACGAAAAGGAACCGGUAUUUGUAUUUCAAACAGAAUCAUUCAAAGGAAUAUGUUGUCUAGAAUGGUUCAAGCCAGGCGACGUUUGUAAGUUUUAUAUUGGAGAAGAAAAUGGCAGCGUAACCCUUUUUGAAAUUAAGAAUUUACGUUUCCCAGCCAAAAAGUGGAGUAAAAGACAAAAAUUCCAAGAAGACAAUUUAAUUGGAUUGAAGCUUCAUUCGACAUAUCAAGCCCAAGCCCAACAAGUUUGUGGAAUUUCACUAAACGAACAUUCCAACCUACUUGCAGUGGGUGGUAACGAUAAUUCUUGUAGUUUGUGGGAUAUUUCCGACUUGGAUAAACCUAUAAAAAAGUUUGUUCUUCCACAUAAAGCGGCAGUGAAGGCUAUUGCCUUUUGUCCCUGGUCGAAAUCUUUGUUGGCCACUGGCGGUGGAAGUAAAGACAGAUGUAUCAAGUUUUGGCAUACGGCAACUGGUACAUUGUUGGAUGAGAUCUAUACUUCAGGACAGGUCACCUCGUUAAUAUGGUCGUUAAGACAUAAACAGAUUGUUGCUACUUUCGGGUUCGGUGACACUAGAAAUCCAGUAUUAAUAACACUCUAUUCAUAUCCAAAAUUAUCUAAACUACUUGAGGUCAGAUCACCAAGCCCCUUACGUGUACUGAGUGCGGUGAUCUCUCCAAGUUCUAUGGCAAUUUGCGUUGCUACAAAUGACGAAACAAUUAGAUUCUAUGAAUUAUGGAAUGACAAGGAAGAAAUUAUAAAUGAGAUACAAGAAAGUGGGAUAUAUGGGUCUAAUAUCAUAGAGUAUAUGGAGGGAAUUGAAACAACACAUAACAAAAGGAUAAGAUAA